AUGGCCUUCGUUCCCUUGCCGAUAUCCAAAGUUUUCGCUAAUGAUCUCCGAGUAGAUAAAUACUAAAAUAGCAGUCCCAGUCCUCUGUAUGGGACAGUUCAAAAACCCCGAUCCUAAUUCUUCCUCAUAAUUCUUGGCCUCUCUAUAAUCAGCCCCUUAAUCAUGCCGCUUCAUGGGUCUAGCUUCUGCUAUAACGGUAUUGCUUCUACCAUCAGAGAAGUUUAUAGCUUGCCAUGUUCACUUGUCAAUAGUUUUGCUACACUUCAUCAUCUUUCGGAAUCUUCCCUGAAGCAAUGUGGUGUAGUUUUAGUUAAACCCUUUGGUCGAAGACAUAGGGUCCAGGUCUUGCCCGGUCAUCGUCACCUCAGUUUACAAACUGGAAGAUCCAAAUUAUUUCAACAAGAUUCCAGUUUGGUCUCAACGAGACCAUGUCAAGGGAAAAGAGAGGACACACAGGAUCCCUUAGGCGGUGAAAGCAUUACAAUGGAUGAACAAGCCUUAGAGCGGGAGCUGCAGAUUGCCAUCGCUGAGGAAAACUAUCUUGAAGCAGCAAAAAUUAGGGAUAGCCUUAAAAAUCUCCACGAGGAUAGCAAGACAUCAGUACUGCUAGCAAAUGCUCGAUUUUAUGACUCAUUCAAAACUGGGGAUUUAGCUGCUAUGCAAAAGCUUUGGGCCAAAGGCGACGAGGUCUGUGUUGUACACCCAGGUGCAAAUGGGAUCUCGGGUCAUGAUGAUGUUAUGGAAAGUUGGGAGUUCGUAUGGGCGGACUAUGAAUUCCCACUAGAGAUUCAACUGAAGGAUGUGAGGGUUCAUGUUAAGGGGGAUGUAGGGUAUGUUACUUGCAGGGAAUUCGUCAAGACUGAAGGUAGCAAAUGGGGUGUACAGUUUGCUACAAAUGUAUUUGAGAGGAUUGAUGGUCAAUGGUUUAUCUGUAUUCAUCAUGCUUCACCUAUUGAUUUGUGAAACCCAUCUCAAUUUAUAGCUUAUGAGCAAAAAUCUUUCUUUUUCUUUUUGCAA